UAAACACCGAAACUGCUGAAUUAUUCUCUUUAACAAAAUCAAAACAUUUUUUUUUGAUAACAAUUUUAUCGAAUACCUUUCAUCAUCCCAAUUACAAUUAUUUGGAAUUAAUUCAUUAAAUUUUUAUUAUUAAAUUAUGCAAUGGUGUAUGUUUUGCAUGGAAUUCUAAAUUUCCCACAUCAUCAGAAAGCUCAAACACUUUGUCCUCUUCAAUAUUUGAAUGCCAGUCCAAAUACAAAUCCAUCUUGGUCACCGCAUCAUCCAUCACUGACUACUAUUCAACAGGCUAAUACAUCAAAUGCUUUAUCGAAUCAGUGUAUAUUGAAUUUUUUCAGCGGUGGUGGUGGAACGCCAACUGUUGCCGCGGCAGCAGCAGCAGCAGCAGCUAGUGGAACUGUAAUAGCCGAUACAACACUAGAUCCAGUUGUAUUGCCUGAACACCAAUGGUCAAGAAAUUCAAAUAUUGAAUUCAUUCAAAAAUCUGUAUCACCAGUAUGGAAUGGGGAAUAUCAUUCUGGAGAGAAUAAUUUCCCAGUGUUAUUGGAAUUGCCUACAAGCAUAAAGAAUGAUUCUGAUCAGCCCAAUCAGUCCAACGGUGCCAAGACGAAUCAAGGUCCUGCUGAUACUGUCACAAGUACCACUAAGAGUUUAACAGAAGAUGAUUCAUUUCAUAUAUUUGUUGGUGACUUAUCACCUGAAGUGCAAGAUGAGACAUUGUUAGCAGCAUUUGCUAACUUUGGGACAAUCACAGAAUGUAAAAUCAUCAAAGAUAUGCAUACCCAGAAGCCUAAAGGAUAUGGAUUUGUAGCCUAUUCCACAAGACAAGAAGCAGAGCGUGCAAUUCGUAUUAUGAAUGGUCAGAUAAUUGGUACUAGAGCUAUAAGAACCAAUUGGGCUGUACGUAAAGAUCCAGCUGAUCAAGCUAAAGAUCAUCGUCCAUUGAAUUACUUAGAAGUAUUUAACGCUUCAUCCGCUUCAAAUACAACAAUUUAUGUCGGUGGUAUAACUAAUGAACUGACAGAAAAACUUCUUCAAGAUUCAUUUAAACAAUUUGGUGAAAUCAAAGAAAUUAGGAUAUUUAAGGACAAAGGAUUUUCAUUCAUUAAAUUCGAUUCUCAUGUCGCUGCUACACAGGCGAUUGUUACUAUGCAUGGAAAAAUUGUUGGUGAUCAAGCAUGUAAAUGUUCAUGGGGGAAGGAACCUUCUUUUACAAAUAAACAAGGAUUGGCAAAACGUUUAUCAUCGGCUUUAUUUGUUCCAACCGUACAAAACCCUAUAAACAGUGAUCAGAAUGCAAUUCUUUUAAGACCACAGAAUUCAUGGCUUACAUCAGCAAAUCAAAACGGUUUAAUAUUAGAAUUACCCGCGAAAAGAUCAGCAAAUGAAAAGUUACAUCCAAUCAAUAUGAAUUGUAUAACAUCAACAAAUAAACUAUUAACAGUUACUAAUGACCAUCAGCUACCCAUCAGGCAUACAUCACAAGAUACAAAUAAACCGAAUAAUAAUAAUAAUGUUAGCCUCACAGCAACAAAUCCAUUGUGGCCUUAUACAUGUUGGUUUACUGGGAAUCCAAAUCAGGACAAUGCUUCUUUACCUGUACUGGUACUUGAUAAUUUAGCAAGAGGAACACUUUCAAAUCAGCCUGUAAUUCCAUUCACACCUUCAGUAGAUAAUAAUAAUAAUCCUCUACUCUUAGGUUUAUCGAACAUAGAUUUAACAAAAGGUUAUUGUCUAGACAAUUCCGAUUUCAGUAUCAUUCCAAAUAACAACAACAAUAAUAAUAAUAAUACAAAUGGACAGUUCACUGACUCUCAACCUGCCUUCCCAAUUAUCGAAGGCAUUCAUAAUUACAAACCGCCUUUAUUUCGAAGUAUCCCAGCUAAUCCUAUUGCCUUACAAACACGUGAAAAUUUAACUAUACGCGACGCACAACAACAACAGCAACACCAACACCAACAACAAUUUUUAAAUUUAAAACAAGUUACACUUCCCAACAUGGAGGCUAACAGUGCUUAUUCUUUUAUACCAAAUAUCCCGUUAAUUGCUUUUUCAGCACUUCCAAUAAAUUCAACAACCAGCAUUGAACCUAUUGUUGAUGCAAUGACUAAUAGAAAUGACAAACAGUCACUGAAUCAAUCUGCUCAAUUAUCUCAUUUUGGACAGUAUCCUGUAUAUACCGGGGACAGGUAAACAGAAUUACAUAUCAUCCUUACCGAAUAGCUCAUCUCUAUUACACACUACAUACAAGUGAAUUUUCAUUGUCAACACUAUCAGCAUCACAUUGAUGGUAAAUGUACCACACUACAACACUACAAUUAAAGAAUACAGUGGCAGCAAAAUUAAUAAAAUUUGCCAGACACAAUUGUAACAAUAGAAACAAUUAAUUAUACUUAAUUACUGUGAAAACCAUAUCGAGAAAAUAUAUAAGAAUAUUGCAAUUAAACAAAUAUAUACAUGUGACAAUCUCCGUAGAAUUUGACUGGAUUUCUUUAUCAAAUAUUUUACAGUUUCAAACUAAUGCAGUUGUCAACGUUCACUCUGGAAUUCAACACUGAAAGCCGCUGUCUAGUCUGUCAACAUUGUCACCAUGAUCGACUUUCUCUUUCAGAAAAAAAUAGUUCUAAUACAUACAAAACUAACAGUUAAGCUGUAUUUACAAAAUAAACAACUGAUCACAAUACUAUCACUGAAAAUCUGCUGUCCAUAGACAAUCGCGCUGACUUUAGUUCAUUCACAUCAGCAAUUCACUUUCUUAUAUUCAUUUUUCUUUCAACAAAUAAGCUGCUUUCUGAAUUAUUCAGUGAUAAUUUCUAACAUUGAAUGUAGAAAAACCAAACAAAUUAUUAUCCUUCUAUUCUUCCUUCUUCUUCUUGUCUUUUCUACCCCUUUACCUAAUAUCUCACUGUGGGAGUCUUUAAAGCUUUUGUGUUUGAAAUCUCCUGGCCAUCGGAUUGCAUUUAGCAAGUUUCUGAAGUUAAAUGACAAUAUAUUGAACACCUUGAAUGUGUUAUCCUAAAUUCCAACACGUUUCUAUGAAUUCCGAAUGUGUAUCGUUCAUGGUUUCGUGUUUCUCCAGUAGCACUCCUAUGAAUUAGCCUACUCAAAUGCUAAAACUCUGAAUACCACAUUCCCCUUCAACACUGAAAUGUUGACCUAUCUGUCUGCUUAUUUUAAAACACGAUAACUUGUUACAAAAAAAACGUAAAUUUCGAAAACGACAUUGUUUCAAUCUGUAAACAGUUUAUAUCUUUCAAAUGUCUCAUUGUAUUGAUAACGAAGGAUAUAUAAUAUAAGCGAGACUGUUAUAGAAUAGAUUUGCACAUGUGAAGAUUAUAAUUAUUUUAAACUGUGAAAUGUUUGUCUCCAAAGCUGACUGUGUUAAACAGAAAGAAGGAUUUAAUAAAGAAAGAAAAUACAACUAUUUAU